AUUUAAUUUAGACUUUAGACUUUGAGUUGGAAAAGUUUGAAAAACAUUCGGAUUCAUUUCUUAAGUCAACGAUAUAUUUUUUUCCGUGCAAAGCCAAACUUCUCCCACCCAAAGCCAAAAAGCUUGGCCACGCAGUCAGCACGCAUGUGCGGGCAUGGCCCCUCAAGUGAAUGGCUAUUGAUUUUUCCGCCGCAUUCCUUGGUGAACGCACAAAGCGCUUUGCUCAACACUCCUUGUAGAUACCCAUCGCCAAAGGACAAAGGCACAAAGCUCGGGAGCAGUACUAUCGGAAUUUUUGAAGGAUAUUUCCGGAGUUUUCAAACCAAAAACAGUGGAAAAUGCAUGCAAGAUUUGCGGAUCCCGAGCCCGCGUCGCCGGACAGUGAGGACAGAAUCGAAACGGAGUCGCUGGAGGCCAGAAUCGAGGCGUUCAAGCAGAGUCCCCAGAACAUGGCCGCUCUGCGGGAAGCGCUCGACGAUGUGGUGUUGCGGGCUGAGACGGAGGCCAACAGGCGGGCAGUUGAGAGCCAGAAAUCGCAACAGGGCAAGGAAAAGCGACCGAGUUUCGCCAUACCAGAUUUUAAGAACGGCAAGGUGGUGAACCGAGCCCGAGGAUUCGUGGUGCGGAUCUUCGAUGCCAUAUGCAAUUGUGCCAACAACAAUGCGGCGGCGGCCACGACGCGCUUCAAGUUGAGGAGCAACAGUGGCGGAGGAGGUGGCGGCGGUGGUGGAGGUGGAGCCGGUGGAGGUGGCAGUGGAAAUGGCAAGCGCCAGCAGUCCCAGGAUGAGCCGGAAACCCUGGUCCUGACCAAGAAGAAGCCAGCCAGCGAGGGCAAAAAAAAGAAAGGCGUCAGCAUGGCCGAUGACGUUCAAGCCGGCGUUCGACUGAUGGACUAAGCAAGCAAUAACGUACGAUGGUUGGUCCUGCAAUGGCAAAACAUAAUCAAAACUAUUACCAGACCCUCCCUGAAAACAGUCCGCACAUCAGCAAUCAUUUCCCUGUCAUCCUAACAUUUUCUUUGCUCAAAAACGUCUAAAGCACAAAUCGAAAUUCCAAGUCUUCCCCUGAAGACCAACAAAUUAUCUUAUAAGAUAAGAAGUAGACAAGGGAUUAAAAAAGAAAAAAAAAAUAAUUUAGGGUUGAACUCGACUACUAAACAUUUAAUCCCUUGUCUGCAAAAAAAACUUUGUCAUCCCUAUUAAAUUUAUAAACGUUUGGCGGAGUCUUUAAAAAUUAAAGGUUUUUUAAAUAGGUUUUUAGACUGAAAACUUUUUUUUCUUAUUUGAAGUUCAAAGGUCAAACUUUAAAGUUAUAUUAGAUUUGGAUUUUAUAAUAUUUUUUUUCAGAAAGUUUUUAAAUCAAAAAAAAUUUGUGAUUCAAAGAAAAUUUGGUAAAAACCUAUUGUUAGGUUUUUUGGAAAAUUAAAACCCAAAAAGGUUUUAUAAACUAAUAUUUUUCAAGAUUCUUACUCCGCCAAACGAAAACUAGGCUGCUAGUAAAGCUUUAGCUCUCUACAAUAUGAUUUUACAAACCUAAAUGUGAUCCCAGAUGGAAAUGUAAACAAAAAACUCGAAGCACAAAAAACUUUUAGGUUAGUUAGGGAAGGAGGAUGAAAGAAAUAUCUUAUAGUCUAUAUGUACACCCUCAUACUUUCAACCAACUUUCGAGGCUAUCCCACGCACAACACAAUCAACGGCAUUACACAAUCCCAAUCCCAAAGGGGAAUUAAUGCCGAGCUAAACAACUGGCCUGUCAAUCUCCACCUAAUUAUAACUGUACGAUAUAUCAAAUUAUAUAUACCUAUAUGUGUGUACAACUAGGAGUGUACCACCAACCUAUUUAGAUGUGUGUGUAGAAGUUACAGAAUAUUUCGAAAACCAGCUAACAAACGGUUCAAUAUACAAGCAUCAAUGUGUACUGAUUUUAUAUACAACAAUGUACUAACUACUAUAUGGAUGUGGACACUAUUGGACUCUUAGUUAUAUACUAUACACAAAAACACUUUCUAAACGCCGCACAGGUUUCCUCCAACAUCCAACAUUAAUGCCAUUAAAACAACACCCCACACACGCUCUAAUCGGAUAUAUUUUUGUGAGGCCCUUUUUGAGAGAUCUAUUAAGACACUAAUCUAUACCGAAUCCGAAAUUUAGAAAAUCGAAUACGAUAAAAUAACUAAAGAGAGAACUUUGUACACACAUUUGCAAGGCAACCAAUUUGUAUAAGAUUUUGCAUUUAUUUUGUAACCUCCAAAAAUGCAAUUAUCUCCCUAAGUUCAAAUGUGUUGCUAAGCCAAUUGAGUAUUUAUAUAUUACGAAAUGUAUAAGUGUGCAUAAUGCGAAUAUAAAACUGUUGUAUUUAGUUAACAAUAUCAGCAAUAAAGUGUAACAAUGUUUAAAAUCAAAAA